AAUGAGAUCUCAUUUAGUGCAGGCUGUCCUUGAACUCCUGAUCCUUCUGCCUCUUCUUCCUCAGAGCUGGAUACAAGAAUGUGCCUCCACACCUGGCAGGAUUUUUUAAUAACUUUUAUAGCAGAUAUUUAAACAAGGUGUGGUUUUUCAGUCCAUUCUCUGUGACUUCAUGGCUAUAUAACCUUGGAUGACUUAAACCUCCAGAUACAAAAUAGAUGCAACUGGACUGAGGAGUUGUCAGUGCGACACACAUAUGUAAAGUGCCUAGCCAGCAGCAGGCAGAUUCAGUGAGCUUCAUUUGGCUACCUAGGUCCAUGAAGUUUAUGUGUGCUGGGGGCGCCCACACUUGUGUGACCUCGGUGUUCUUCUGCUAACCAUCUGCAUUCAUUGUCUAUGCACACAGGCCAGAAGGACCUCCCAACCGAGAAAAGGCACACCUGGAAUGCUUCAUUUCUCAAUUCUCAAAUUCAAACAGUUACCAAAAGAAGAGAUGCCAUGACACACCGCAUACUGUCAGCCCGACUUCAUAAGAUUAAAGAGCUGAAGAAUGAGCUAGCCGACACACGCCGGAAGCUGGAAGCCACUGCCACAGAGAACCAAAUCCUGAAGCAGCUUCAGCUCAGGCAUGCAAAAGCCAUCGGGAGAUACGUGAGCUCACAAGACAGCCUGCCGCAGGUCACAGUUAGACACCAGAAUGAGGUGAGAAGCCUGCGGCAGCUCCUUCGGAAAUCCCAGGAGAAGGAGCGAGCUGUGGCGAGGAAGCUCCGAGAGACUGACAGUGAGCUGCUGAGGACUAGAGAUGCCUUGCAGGCCCUACAGAAACUUUCAGAAGACAAGAGCCUUGCGGAAAGAGAAGAACUGACUCACAGGUUGACUGUUCUGACAGCCAAAAUGGAGGCAAAUGACAAAAAAAUACAGGUUUGUAUCUCAGAAGGUCCG